GCCCUGCUCUCAUCCAACGCAUUUUGAUCCCUGUAACCUUCCAGCAAUCGCUCCUCUUCGUUCAAGACUUCGUCGGCCCAGGAAGGAAUGUGUUGCGCAGGAAGCAGUUGUCCGUCAGCCAAGUGCAGAUUAGGCAAACGGCCUCCAACUGCGCCUUGCGGAGACACAUCCCAACGAACAGAAACUUUCUUGAGGCCACGAAGAGCAAGAUAAGCCUGCCAUUUCAGACAUUCUACGUCCGAACUUAAACAUAGCGCUCGCGGCGGAUGAAUCCAAAGCGUAGGCGAAUCUGGAGUUUUCCCUGAGCGAGUUUCUACAGCGGGGUAUGUGACGAUUGGAAAGAAAGAAAAGAGGUGUGCAAGUGGCUUGGGGAUUUCCAUAGCGAAACAUUUCGGCAACUUCGGUCGUUGGCGCUGACUGCUGGCGCAUACCGUUCGGACUGGAUCGACUCCAUGUCUGAACACUCUUCUUCGGAUCCAUCGCGGGCUCCUUCGCCUGUAUCGCCUCUUCCUCCCACUGCGCGCCCGUAUAGAUUCAAUUGGGACUCGACACCGAAGGGGCCUGAAAGUGUUUCUGGAACUACCGAAGGCCGAGACUACUUCGCAGGACCGUCGCGUCUCAACCUGCUCAAUAGUUCUACUACUAGUCUUGCCAUCGGAGCAUUGCCGGGACAGUGGAGUAGUUCUACUCAUGGGUUCAACGCUAUAUCUACGGUCCUUAACAAUCCCCACAAACGCCAGGCGCCUCCCAAGGCACAUUCGUCACUUCCAGCCGUUCCUCCAACGGACCUACCUCGCGUUCGCAGAAAAGACUUCGACUCGUACCUGCGCGCUAUCACUCCGGAAUGGGAGAAUCUCGAACGGAACAACCAGUUAGACCUGGAAGCGGAGAUGCAGUUGGAAGGUUCAAGCACGCCUCGGGCCUCUUCCUCUCAAACGCCGUUUGUGCAGACACCGGGACGCCCAUUACCGUCGUUGGACAUCGUGCCGUCCGUUUUCUUCCAACCCAAGUUCAACCUCGGAGAUCCUCGCACGUUCAACGCUGUUACAGAACAAGACUCGCUCCAGGCGGACCCUGUCUUCGAUCCCAUCGCGCUCUCGUACUCCCUCCCUCUUCUGGAGAAGUUCUCCCACUACGCAGAUACCGUCGAGCAACACCUCGUUCGCGAAAUAUCUCUGCGCUCUGCCUCGUUCUUUGCGGCACUCACGAAUCUGAAUGAACUGCAAAGCGAAUCUGAAGAGUGCUUGGAUCGAAUAUCCAAGCUACGCACACUCUUGAAGGAUGUCGAUGAGAAGACGGCCAAGAAAGGAUUAGAAGUGGUGCGGACAGAAAGCAGGGUGCGAAAUUUGGGCAAGGUGCGCGAGAGCGUCAAGUUUGUUGGUGGUGUGGUGGAGAAGACAGGUGUUGCCCGGAGUUUGGUGGCUUCGGGUCAAUGGGACAGUGCACUAGAUGUCUUGAGGGAGAUGGAGGAAAUGUGGGACGGUUCCUCGACUUCAGAGGCGCGCGGGCUGGUCGCACCUGCGCUAAGCAGGUCUUCCUCCUCUCGGAAAUCGCCUGGUUUUCGCAGCACGGGAAGUCUCGUCUCGACGCCAGAAGAACGGCCAUUACCGCCGCCGCCGUCGCCACCACCUAUACCUCUAUCGUCGCUCAGCGCAUUCGCUGCUUUGCCCGAACACUUGCGUGUCCUGACCAUGGAGAUCACGACCUCGCUCACGAAUGAUGUGAUGGCGGUUCUGAGAGUGGAUCUGUUGGAACGAAUCGGUGGAGACGUCCCAUCCACAGAAUCGCCAGAACGAAAUGAAGUUCUCAAAGGUCGAUUGCGACCUCUUUUGCAGGCCCUGAACCGAACGAAGGGUUUACGGGAAGCUAUGCUCUCCUGGAGAGAAGUCGUCAUGGAUGAGACACGCAAUGUGAUAAAGCAGAGGCUUCCUGCGUUCGAUCUUGGGAGGAAGAAGCUUCAGGGGAAGCUUCCAAGUGAGCACAGCAUCGACAUCUUCGAGACAUGGAUCAUGACAUCACGCAGGACCGGCCUCGCGAAUCAUCUACGAACAAUGGGACACUCUGAUUUUCUCGCUCUGCUACAGGGGAUCUACAAGAGUUUCCUGAAUGGAAUCGAGGGGCUGAGCAGCCAGAUUGCUGCGCUACUAGAGGUAGUCGGGUCCGGCGCAGAUGCGGGAUCGGACAGGAGCAGUCUACAGGACGACUUGUCAGAUAUGCUAGGCUCUGCUGCAGAACUGGCAAAUACACAGGCAGCUAAGCUGGUUGUCAUGCGAGCUGAGCAGCACUCGGCCCUGCCCCUAUCGGACUUCAUUGCCUUCUUCGACGACUCCUGGUCCUUUGUCAUCAAGUGCGAGGUCAUCUGUCGCAAGAUGUUUGUCGGGCUUCGCGGUGUCAUCAUCAGCCAGUCCAAGACAUUCCUGCAGGCAUUCCAUCAAGCUCGGUUGAUGCAGUCAGGGAGCCUGGUCGAGAACGAGCAGUGGGAGCAGAUUGAUGUCACACCCGCCAUGCAAAGCGUCGUCAACAUACUGAUCGAUUCCGCCGUACAAGAUGUGCCUUCGCUGUUACUUGCUAAAGGCUCCGACGGGACACUACCGUCCGUGGGCCUCGUUGCACCCUCCGCUGAUGGUGCGAACGGUCGCACACCAACAUCCCCUUCUGCACCGGUGAUGAAGCGGUCCAACGGGUCAUCGUCUGCCAAAAAUGCCAAGACGCGACUGCGGAUCGAGGAGCGCACGUUCUCGCUGGUCUCGGCCACAGCUGAGACGCUGACGUUGCUGCUGGACUACUUGCGCAUUAUAAUGAAUCUCUCGAUGCUGACAACCGACACGAUGAGUCGAGUCAUCGAGUUUCUGAAGGCUUUCAACUCUCGUACGUGUCAAGUCGUGCUGGGUGCCGGUGCGAUGCGGUCCGCGGGUCUUAAGAACAUCACCGCCAAACAUCUGGCGUUGGCUUCCCAGUCGUUAUCCAUUGCGAUUGGCCUCAUUCCGUACGUUCGGGAGACAUUUCGGCGACACCUCAGCCAGAAGCAGGCUGUGAUGCUAAUCGAGUUCGAUAAACUCAAGCGAGAUUACCAAGAACAUCAAUACGAGAUUCAUGCGAAGCUCAUUGCUAUUAUGGGAGACCGCCUUUCGACCCAUAUCCGGGCCUUCCAGGUUAAAACUUCGGCCGUGGACUGGACAAUGCCAGGAGAAGGCGUCAACAGUUACAUGUCUGUUCUGGUCAAAGAAACUACUACAUUGCAUAAAGUAUUGUCACGACAUCUCUCCGCCGCCGUGAUCGAGGAAGUGAUGUCCCAGGUGUUCGCCGCCAUCAACCACCGACUGUCGGAAGAAUAUGGACAGCUCGUGCUGCCGAGUGAAGAGGCUAGGCAGAGACUGCUCGCCGAUGUACGAUAUCUACACCAAGAGCUCUCGAAGCUCAAAAACGUUGGAGCUCCAAGUGGAAUGCUGGAGCUUGUGAUCGCAGAACUGCGCAUCCCGCAAGCGACCUCACCGGCUGCUAAUGCGACCAAGUUUGCUGCCAAUGGCAACUCCAAUGCCAAUGCCCCAGCUUCAAAUUCUCGGCUUCUUGCGAACCGACUUCGAUGGAAUUCUCUCACUCCCAAUGCGGCAAAUCCGACUUCAAAUCCGCCACAGGCUCAGAACGGACCAGCUCCCAAUCCAAAUGAAUCAUCUCUGCCAGUCACGCCUGUGACGAUCACCGCACCGUCAAGGAAGGCCUCUUCUUCUGGGUUCAGGCAGAUGGAUCCGACGAGUCCCGUGCCAGAGGGUGUCGGGCAGGACCCUUUGCGCGUCACCACGCCAAUACAGCCUGUUCCGUCGCCUGUUGAGCCGGUGGCAACACGAAGCGAGUCUCCGGUGCCCAUCGAUCAGGAGGCCCGUCCCCCAGAUGCUGGGUGAAAUGGAGGGCAUUUUACUUGAGGACUACGUGUAGAAUCAGCUAAUAUGGAAUGCGAUGGUGCGGAUUGCGCAAAUUAUGCUUUGGGGGGUUAUCCAUGGGUUCCAUUCUUCACGAAGAGCGUCCCAGAAUAAGUGACAAGGCGAUGAUGGACAGCCUGUUGACGAUCUUCUUCCACAUAACAAUGGGAGAUCCAGCGUGCACGAUCUCGAGAGCCGGGGAUACCAAACGAGUGCCCGAGCGAAAGGGCUGGUCACCCGACAGCAUCCGGUGAGUGGGAGGGAUGUCGGGUGAUCUGAUCACCCGAGCCUUCCGCCGCACUGAGGUCGGGUCCGGCGGGUCUUGGGCCCUUGGGACUCGACCACCAUUCACGAGAGCGUAAGUAUGCUCAAUUUCCCGUGAUGGCAAAACCUGGACCCCCUUCCGACACAUGCGGCGAGUCCAGAUCCGGGAAACCGGUGCUUUGGCGCCAGUAACGUUGAGCUCUUGCGAUCAUCGAACUUUUCCGUCAAUCACCCAUUGUCCUUACCUCGCCACAAUUGGACCCACGACGACUCCUCUUUCGGCUCUGAACAAUGGGCGCGCUUAGCUCCCGCCGUUUCCAAUUGCUCUUUGCCGGGCUGUGAUAUGGACUACCCUGCACAUCAAUCUUCGUCUGCCACUCCUGCAGCUGCCUGUGCCAGUUUCCAUCUAGUUCUCCGUCUCGGGACGUCAAACACGUUGGUGGUGAGCUGGUGGUCUCCGCUGCAGCUGAUGUGAAGACCAAGCCCUCACUAAAACCAUGAUUUUACCUCUCUCGGUCCGCCGUCCCGGUCCCAGCUCUCGGCUGCGCUCUUGCCUUUCGCGCUCAGAAAUAGGCUCUGGGUGUGCCUGUCUGCGAAGGUACUCAAUCCACUCUGGGAAUGAUCUAGAGCAUGCAUCAUCACGUCGAUUGCACCAUUCCCUCCGGCUUUUGAACGGUUCUGCCAACGUGGACCAAGGGGGCCCGAGCUUCUGGAACAAUUCAUCCAAGCUCAAUCCGCGUCCAGGCCGCUGCUCGCGUGUAGGCAAUACUUUCCGGUGCCGCAGUCGAGGCCACAAUCAGUUUUACACCACACACAUUGCUAUACUCCACGCUAGUGCUUGCUUGACGAACUGCUCGGACCCGAUAGCGGACGCACUAGCGGAAAUAGGAAAGUCUCUCUCUACUUACAGGACGAUCAAAGUGCAAGCAGUCCGCGCGAACUCGCGUGUUUGGAGUGAGCGGGGAGCAUCUCCUCCUCGGUCUCACCCCCACCCUUGCUCCGAUUUUGUCUCGGAUCCGCCGUUCUUCGGCCUAUCGAUAACAAAGGCUCCAGAAGGCUACUGCUGUUCUCCGAAUCUGCGCCUAUAUGACCUUCAUGUACUGGGUUCUAUCGAGACAUUAAUGGAUUCUCCCAGACUAGCCCUAGUGCGGUGGGCAGUCAAGUCAAUGAGAUAUUCAUGGCCCUGCUCGGUUUCGAUCACUGGCACGCCACGACUGUGCAUGCUGGGUCCACUCGCCUUAAUAUAAUAUAUGAUGUUAGCCCCGCCGUGAUAUGACUCGAAUGCAUCGUUGGGCCGUGUUCUCUUCCAUUUCACUGGCUGCGAUCUGUCCAUUUGAGCUGUCAAGCCUGCGCCGCUGCAAAAGCGGGUGGACUCCGCCGCCCACAAAUCAGUGAUUUUUAUUUAUUCAGAGAACAAUUGCAAAACCUAGAGGUACCGAUCUGCUCUGCGGUACUGCCGAUGAUAGAGAGGGCGCUGAUUUUUUUUGCGUAUGGUUUCAAACCCCGACAGUCUCUAGCCUCCACUUCGGCUCUCCGCGGUGCGCAAAGAAACUUUCUCGUUCGUACAUUUGCUAUUCCGAAUACUCUUGUGUUGGCCGCCGGCAGAGGCAUUUAGUGCGCUUCUUGCACGGGGAAGAUGUGAUCCCACAGCUGUUGGAAGGACACGUAGCCUGUGCCAUCCGUCCAAUUGAUACUGUGAGCACUGAUAACGCGUGCUGAGCCGACGGGGACCUGCCUUUUGAGGCCUGUGAGCCUCGUUGCCCAUCAAGACAGAUCGUUUGCGCUGUCACAUGGGGCUGACCUCCGGUGACUUGCACAUCGUCGAAACAACGUCGGGGAUGUGAUAGAAAAUUCCGCCCGCCAUAUUUGGACCGAGAUCCCUCCGCGAGGGCUGUGUCACCGCCCAGAAUCGUUGUUUGGGGCAAUAACAACAUCUGGACGGGCCUAGCCACAUUGCCGGCAUCGGGCUGGGAUCAAAUACUCACUCGGGGCGAGAAAAAAUUGCGCUGGACUUGCGGCCGAUCUCCGCGGUUUUUCUGUGCGGGAGUGUUAUUUUGAGAGUUGAUUUUCUUCCUCGGUAUCAGAUGGACAGCUCUCACAAUCAUUCUUCGCCUUCGAAGCGGAAGCAGAGGUGGGAUGAUCAGGCUUUAUGCCAACCGGCUCUCCAGAAACUGGGACGGUGCCGGUCAAGACUUGAUCGGACGCGCUGACUACUCGUGACGCGCGAAAUCUUGAAUUAACUUGGCAUAGCAGUGAGUACCCGUCCCGUGAUCGCGUGAUGCAGCAACGUUUUCCGAUUUCAUUUAAUAAUAAUACUAUGGUCCUGCAUAGAAACAGGGGAUUUGGCUGCUACGAAUUUCAUUUAUCAAGCACACGGUGGCCCUCGAAAGGGACGCGCA